UGAGUAAGCAGGGGACCAUCCAGCAGGAAAGGAGAGAAGCAGGUGAGCCCUGCAGCUCUGGACCACCUCCUGCCCUCCUCCUACCUGCGAGGUGCCCCUUGCUGGUCCAGCCCAACAGCAUUGUCCUCUGGGGAGGUUCCCAGCCCUGCCUGCAUCCCGGGAAGGAGCUGCACCGCUGACGGCCACCCCACACCAGGGACAGAGAGAGUAAGGCUUUUCCCAGGCAUCAGGAAUGUCUUCUGAGCCCACUUCAUCCGCCUCCCAGCAGUCUCCUGCCUCUCCACCCUCUCCCGGUUCUCUCCAUCUGCCCGAGAGCCGCAGGGCGAGGGACCGCUCCCCGUCGCCCAUGAGGUACCUCAUCCCCAGCCCGCUGCCCACCCGACGGACCAGGACGUUUUCUGCAACCGUGAGGGCAUCGGAGGGUCCCAUCUACAAAGGUGUCUGUAAGUGCUUCUGUCGCUCCAAAGGCCAUGGUUUCAUCACCCCUGCAGAUGGAGGGCCAGACAUCUUCGUACACAUCUCGGACAUCGAGGGCGAGUACGUUCCUGUGGCGGGCGACGAGGUCACCUACAAGAUGUGCACCAUCCCCCCGAAGAACGAGAAGCUGCAGGCAGUGGAGGUGGUGAUCACCCACCUCGCCCCUGGCACCAAGCACGAGACCUGGUCGGGGCACGUCGUCAGCCCCUGAGGGGUGUCCCAGGGUUUGACCCGUGUGGUCACUGCUCAACAGCUGCCUGCAGGGGACCUGUCCUGAGAAUAUCCCACGUGUUGUUGCAGGAGGAAACACUGCAGUUGUCAAUAAAGCAGAAGCAGGCCAGGAUUACCGUUUUUAUAGCUGGCCUGAUUUAAAAAA